AUGAAACUCUUCAACGCAUUCGCAUGCCACGCACAUUCAAUGCAUUGUAAGUUUCCCAAACCCACAGCGAACGUAACCGUUUCCCAUCAAUUUUCCCCUUUCGAUUUUCCCGGCCACACCACCGCCGUCAUCGCCGCUUCAUCCACCGACGACAGCGGCAUCCCGUCUCAAGAUCUCGCAGUUCUCCUCGAAGUCGACGGGGUUCUUGUGGAUGCAUACCGUGGGAAUCGCAUAGCCUUCAAUAAAGCAUUUGAGAAACUUGGACUUGAUUGUGCGAGCUGGAGCGAACCUGUCUAUUCAGAUCUUUUAAGUCUCAGUUUGGUAAGGACUUGGAAUUUCUGCAUUCAUGCAGUCAUGGAUCUUAGCUGGGAACCUAUCUCGGUGCUUGGUGGAGUUCUUCUUGCUAUCAAGGAUGAAAUAGACUAUUUACCAUAUCCUACGACAGGAGGUACAAAGUGGCUGCACAAACAAAGGCCUUGUCUGAAUGACGCUUGCUGUGUUAAGCGUUUAAGAUUAUGCGGCGCCAUACUUGUUGGAAAGACUAAUAUGCAUGAACUUGGCGCGGGAACUAGCGGUAUAAAUCCACAUUACGGGGCUUCUAGAAAUCCUUAUGAUGUCAAUAGGAUAGCAGGAGGUUCUUCUAGUGGAUCUGCAUCGGUGGUAUCCGCAGGUUUGUGUCCUAUUGCUCUUGGUGUCGACGGGGGAGGUUCUGUAAGGAUGCCUGCAACACUUUGUGGUGUAGUUGGUCUUAAACCGACUUUUGGUCGUAUACCUCAUGACGGUUCUUCCUCUAAACUGGACAGUUGGAAUGGUUGGAAUACUCGCAGGCACGGUCGAGGAUUCAUUGAUCGCGUUAGUAAUCGUCCUUACCGUGAUUACCAUGACUUUUUUCCUCAAGUCCCAAGCUCUGAAGUAUUCUACAGCCUGAAUGCUAGUAUUGUUGGCUUAGCAGUUGAAUCUGAAGGACCUGAAAAUUCACCCUGGUGUCUCGGUCUUGGUGCAGUACAGACAGUCUGUAGACAGCAAGAGGGUGGAUCAAGACUUGCAAAUGUGAAUCCAGCUGCUGAAGCAAAUAUAUUUGGUGAUCCAGAUGCUGCUGAUGUUGUAUUCACAAGUGGCGCAGAUAUAUUGGCAGUUGGAAUAAAUGUUACUCACCAAGUCGUAUUGUCAGGUUCUGAUCGAGAAAAGUUAGCAAGUUCAAAAGGAAAAUUUGCUCAAUACAUUACCGGAAUCUUAGAGGUGUAUUUCUCUUACCAUUGUGACGCAUACAACACCAAUGGAGUUUACCUUCAUGACCCUACAGCAUUGCUUGCAGCCGUUGAUCCUUCACUCGUAACUUGCACAGAAGGUGCUGUUAGAGUCCAAACCAGUGGCAUAACAAGGGGACUUACAAUUCUCUACAAUAAACAGAAAAGGUUUGAAGAAGUCACUAAAUGGUCCAAUAUGCCAACAGUAAAAGUAGCUGUGACAGUUGAUGCUCCUAGAGUUGUGAAAUUGGUCAUGGAUCGUCUUGUGGCUUGA